CUCCCUCGCCGCAUCUGCCACCUUGGACACCCUCUCGCACCUGCCGCGUACCUCACACUCUCACAUCACUUCAUCUCUCGUAUCUCUGCUUCGCGCCUGGCCGCCGCAGCCAUGAACGCCGCCGAGAAGAAGCAGGAGGCCGACCUCUCGCCCGACGUCGAUGCCCUCGAGCCGACAGCGCGCCAGCUAGCCUCGUCCGGCAAGCUGCCCGAGGCGCUUGAGAAGCUCAAUGCGCUCGAGAAGAAGGCGCGCAACGCGGCCGACCUGACGAGCACAACACGCCUGCUGCUGCUCAGCAUUCUGCUCAUCCGCAUCUCGCCAUCGGCCAAGCAGACGGACUGGGCGCUGCUGGCCGAGACGCUGGGCGCGCUGGCGCGCAAGCACGGCCAAUUGAAGCAGGCCGUGACGCGCAUGGUGCAGCUGGCGAUGCGCUUCCUGCACGCGCCCGGCGAGCCGGACGUCGACGAGGAGAUGGGCGAGCUGGACCCGCUCGACGAGCCGAGCGAGCAGGAGAAGGCGGCCAAGGAGAAGGACGAGAAAAAGCGCAAGGCGGGCGAGGAGCGCGAGAUCGAGGACAAGGGCGAGGGCCAGCUCGAGCCGCGCGUGCAGAAGCUCAUGGAAGAGGCGCGCGCCGUGGGCAACGAGGGCGUCGAUGAGGAGCAGCGCAUGAAGCUCAUCGAGAGCCUGCGCACCGUGACCGAGGGCAAGAUCUUCGUGGAGGUGGAGCGGGCACGCGUGACACGGCUGCUCUCCUCGAUUCUCUACUCGCGCGGCGACGUGGCGGGCGCCACCGAGGCGCUGCAGGAGCUGGCCGUCGAGACGUUCGGCAGCAUGGGCCGCCGCGAGAAGACGUCGUUCAUUCUCGAGCAGAUGCGCCUCAACCUCGAGAAGGGCGACUACACGCGCUGCAACAUCGUCUCGCGCAAGAUCAACACCAAGUUCUUCGACGACUCGCGCAACCAUGACCUGAAAUUGACGUACUAUGCGCUCAUGGAGCGCUACGCACUGCACGAGAAGAAGCACCUCGACGUUUGCCGGUACGCGCGUGCCGUGCUGGCGACGCCACGGAUUCAGCGCGACGAGGCGCGGGCGCGCGAGGUGCUGCGCAGCGUCGUCGUCUUCCUCGUGCUGGCGCCGUACGACAACGAGCAGAGCGAUCUGAUGGCGCGUGUCGAAGAGACGGAGGGGCUGGAGCGCGUGCCGGAGCACAAGAACCUGCUCAAGUGCUUCACGACGCCCGAGCUCAUGCGCUGGCCCGGCAUCGAGGCGCUGUACGGCCCGCUGCUGCGCGCCACGCCUACAUUCGAGCCUGGCACUGACGGCGACUACCGCUGGGAGGAGCUGCACAAGCGGGUCGUUGAGCACAACAUCCGCGUGAUCGCCAAGUACUACACGAAGAUCACGCUGCAGCGGCUCAGCGAGCUGCUUGACCUCUCGCCCGACGCGGCCGAGGCGGCGCUCGCGAAGCUCGUGCAGGGCGGCACCGUGUACGGCAAGAUCGACCGGCCGGCGGGCGUCGUGGCGUUUGUGAAGCGGCGCGAGACGGCCGAGCACCUCAACGCCUGGAGCGCCGACAUGGGCCAGCUGCUGGCGCUCGUCGAGGCGACGAGCCACCUGAUCAGCCGCGAGCAUGCCAUCUCCAAGGCGGGCCUGGUGGCGCCGGCAUAG